AUGUUAUCUGCUAUUCGUCCUACUGAGCCCGCUAUGAACAACAGAGCUGAAGACAUAUUGAGUGGAUUUAAACUAAAUUGGAUGAACCUUAGAGAUGCCGAGAGUGGGAAAAUUCUUUGGCAGAGCACAGAGGAUAUGGCUGAUCCGAACAAAGAACAUGAAGCUCAUGUACCCAAAAGUAUUCUGAAAUGUCGGACAGUUUCUCGUGAAAUCAAUUUCACGUCAGCAGAAAAAAUCGAGAAGUUUAGGCUUGAACAACGUGUUUUCUUGAAAGGGAACAUCAUCGAAGAAUGGUAUUUUGAAUUCGGUUUCGUUAUUCCUGAAUCGACAAACACAUGGCAAAAUUUGAUAGAAGCAGCUCCUGAAUCGCAAAUGCUUCCCGCGUCUCUAUUAAGUGGGAAUGUAGUUGUGGAGACGCUGUUUUACGAUGAUAACCUCUUGGUUAGUACUUCCAAAGUCCGCCUUUUCUAUGACUAA